AUGAAGGUAUACCACCAUGUCUGUAGAAAACUUCAUGCACGAUAUCGCUGGCACUGCGUGCUCCGGCUUGCAGCAGGACUAAACCUACCGCUUUUUUGUACGAUCCGGGGCCCAGGGGACGAGGAACGAGAGGAUAAGAGUGGCUGGAAGGUGGGGUGGGCGGAGGGUGAGUUCACGAUGGUCUGCUGCAAUGAUGCGCCUUCUCCAUUGGAUUCGUGCACCUUCGUGUCGCAGCGUAUAGCAUCGCGGAAAACGCACCUGCGCCAGCUCUUACCGCGCAACCUCCAGCCGCCGGUUCAAGCCCAGUCCAUUCGUCGUCCCCGCUGUCCCCGCGCACGUCGCCUCCUCAACCUCAACCCCCACUAA